AGCCGAAGUAGUCUUGCCCAAUGACUUGGCUCUAACAGUUGUCCUCCAUACUGCCAACUACAUGUUGUUCUUCCUGGCCUCUCUCUGAACCACACACUCCAUUUACCGGAAAUAUGAGCAAUUAUUCCCUUUAGUUACCCUCUCUGUCAAAUUUGAAAGCUGCAAACACAUUUUAACAACACUCUAGGGGUAACAUUGACAGCUGCUGUUUGGGCCGGGGCUCUGAAACAGAAUAAGUGGUUAGAGAUCAGAAGUGUCGUGGUCACCAUGGUGCGUAAUGUGGACGAUCUGGACUUUUGCCUUGCCUCCCACCCCCAGAGCAUCCUGGAGGGGCUACGCUCCCUCUGCUGCAACCCCAAACUAGUGGACGUGACUCUGGCCGCGGGCGGCCGCGACUUCCCCUGUCACCGGGCCGUCCUGGCGCUCUGCAGCGUCUACUUCCACUCCAUGUUCUCCGGGGACUUUGUGGAGAGCAUCGCGGCCCGGGUGGAGCUGCACGGUGUGGAUCCUGACAUAAUGGCUUCCCUUCUAGACUUCUGCUACACAGGGAAACUCACCAUCAACCAGGGAAACGUGGAGGGCCUGAUACGCACGUCCAGUCAGCUACAGUUCCAGGCGGUCCGGACUGUGUGCAGCCGUUAUCUCCAGCACCAGAUCGAUGCCACCAACUGCCUGGGGAUCCUGGAGUUCGGGGAGGUACACGGCUGUCCCGAGGUCGUAGCAAAGGCUUGGGGAUUCCUUCUGGAGAACUUUGAGGCCGUACAGCGCUGGGAGGAGUUUCCUCUGCUGGAGAAGGAGAGGUUAGUGGCGUGUCUGUCCAACGAGAGGCUACAGACCAGGACAGAAUGUACCCGUGUGGAGGCAGCCCUGGCCUGGGUGAGACACCACCAAGAGUCCCGUCUCCCCCACCUCCCAGAGCUUCUGGGGCUGACCCGCCUGGCCCUCCUGUCCCCUGACUACCUCACUAACACCCUAAUGAAGGACAGCCUGGUUCUAGCCUCUCUCAGCUGUGUGGAGGUGGUGGAGAGGGUAUGCAGAGAGAAAAUGGACGUGAAGCCAGGAGACGUGGUCCAGAGUGGCAGCCCGAGUCCCCAACCCAACCUGGAGGAGGUGUUAUUCGUGAUGGGAGGACGCUCGCUGGACGACUCAGAUGACGAAGAUGAUGAUGAUGAAGACAGAGACCCCAGGCUGCUGCCCGGAAACUGUGGCUUCUACAACCCUAAGACACAACAGUGGUAUGAGCUGCCAGUCUUCCCCAACCACAACAAGUACGGAUACUCUGUGGUCUCUUUGAAUAAUGACGUUUAUGUCACAGGGGGCUCGAGGGGUUCCCAAUCCAACACCUGGUCGACCACAGAGACCUGGAAGUACAUCACCAGAGAGGGACGGUGGGUGACGGUGGCUCCCAUGCUCCGGCCCCGGACUAACCACACCUCAGCAGCCCUCAGCGGAGAGAUAUACGUCAUCGGAGGCACUACAAUGGACUUUGUAGACAUUGAGCACUAUGACCCAUACAAUGACACCUGGGCCCGAACAUGCCCUGCAGUGAAAUACGUCACGAACUUCACAGCGACUGCCUGCCACGGUAAACUAUACGUGAUAGGCUCCUGUGCUGUUAAGUACAACGCCUUGACUCUGCAGUGCUACAAUCCUGUUAUAGAUGGGUGGAGUAUCAUCUGCUCUCCCUUCAUCCCCAAGUACCUGUCCUCUCCUCGCUGUGUCUCAGUGGAGGGGCUCAUCUAUCUGAUCGCUGACAACACCAAGAAGGUUUACUGCUACGACCCACUGGCUAACAUGUGGCAGAAGGUCCAGCUGCUGCACAUGCUCCAUGAGAACGGAGAUCUGGUGGCGUUGGACAGUCAGCUCUUUGCGACGGGGGGUCACUGGAAGGGCAUGGAGGGGGACUACGGGGUGGAGGUGGAGGUGUACAACAGAGCUUCUAACAGCUGGAAGGUGGAGUGUUUCCUACCAAGGCUCUGGAUCUACAGCGGGACAUGUUCCGUCUUCCUGGACCCCUCCCAGUGGUCCGACCCAUUCCCCCUCGAUGAAACCUAAAUGGAACAGUCGGGUCCAUGGCAUGCAGCACUUGAAGUGGAAAGAUAAAGGUGCUGGUACUCAUUUUAGGUACUGAUUUUAACUUAAAAGUACUGGUGUAGUCGACCAGAUUGUAGGGGUGAAUAUUCUAGAUGGGCA